UAGGGUAAAGGUUGCAUUCGGAUCUACAUCACGCCACUUUUAUCAACAACUCACAAACACAUCUUCUUCCUCAACUCCGCGGCGUCGAUCCGAGGAGUUUGAGAAAACCCUAAUUCAUUCAACACUUCCCACAUUCUUCUUCUUCAGUCAUGGCGGGCGUAGCACCAGAGGGAUCCCAAUUCGAUGCUAGACAGUUUGACUCUAAAAUGAAUGAUUUGCUUUCGGCUGACGGACAGGAUUUUUUCACAUCAUAUGAUGAAGUUUAUGAUAGCUUUGAUGCUAUGGGUCUGCAAGAGAAUCUUUUGAGGGGUAUAUACGCAUAUGGUUUUGAGAAACCAUCGGCAAUUCAGCAAAGGGGAAUCGUACCAUUCACCAAGGGUCUUGAUGUUAUUCAACAAGCACAAUCUGGAACCGGAAAAACCGCCACCUUUUGCUCAGGCAUUCUCCAACAACUCGAUUACAAUGUAGUCGAAUGCCAGGCUUUGGUUUUAGCACCGACUCGUGAACUUGCACAGCAAAUCGAGAAGGUCAUGCGGGCCCUCGGUGACUACCUUGGUGUUAAGGUUCAUGCUUGUGUUGGUGGGACCAGUGUUCGUGAGGAUCAACGCAUCCUCUCAGCUGGGGUCCACGUCGUUGUUGGUACACCCGGCCGUGUUUUCGACAUGUUGCGCAGACAGUCCCUUCGUUCUGAUAACAUCAAAAUGUUUGUUCUUGAUGAAGCUGAUGAAAUGCUUUCACGAGGUUUUAAAGAUCAGAUCUAUGAUAUCUUCCAGUUGUUGCCAUCAAAGGUUCAGGUCGGAGUGUUUUCCGCAACAAUGCCACCGGAAGCUUUAGAAAUCACGAGAAAGUUCAUGAACAAACCGGUGAGGAUUCUCGUAAAGCGUGACGAACUCACUUUGGAAGGUAUCAAACAAUUCUACGUGAACGUGGAGAAAGAAGAGUGGAAGCUUGAAACCCUUUGUGACCUUUACGAGACACUAGCAAUCACACAAAGUGUCAUCUUUGUGAACACACGAAGGAAGGUUGACUGGUUGACCGACAAGAUGAGAAGCCGUGACCACACCGUCUCAGCCACACACGGUGACAUGGACCAGAACACACGUGACAUCAUCAUGCGGGAGUUCCGGUCCGGCUCUUCUCGUGUUCUCAUCACCACUGAUUUGCUGGCGCGUGGUAUUGAUGUACAACAAGUUUCACUUGUUAUAAACUAUGAUCUUCCUACCCAACCGGAAAAUUACCUUCAUCGUAUCGGGCGUAGUGGACGAUUUGGAAGAAAAGGUGUGGCGAUUAACUUUGUGACACUUGAUGAUGAGAAGAUGCUUGGUGACAUCCAGAAGUUUUACAAUGUUGUCGUUGAGGAGCUGCCGUCCAACGUUGCUGAUCUGAUUUAGAUGAAUUAUCGUCGCUGCGGUUUUGAAUUUGAAUUUGGUGGUUAUUUUUGUUUAAGUUAUUGAAAGAUGGUGUUUUGGUAGUAGGAUUUGAAACCAUGUUUGUACCCUUGAGCUUUAAUUUCCUGGGACUGUAUGGAUUAGUUUAUUUUCGAUUCAAUCUUUCAGUGUCAUUCCAUUUUUGAUCCAAA